AUGGCUAACAUAAACAAUGUGCCUGAGUUCAUUUUUCUGGGACUUUCUUCCAGUCGGGAAGCACAGGGAGUUUGCUUCGUGAUAUUUCUGCUCUUGUACACAGCCAUUGUGCUGGGGAAUCUCCUCAUGGUGGUCACUGUCGCGGCCAGCAGAAGCCUCGGAUCCCCCAUGUACUUCUUCCUCAGUAGCCUGUCCUUUGUGGAGAUCUGCUACUCCUCUACUACAGCCCCCAAACUCAUCUGGGAUCUGCUGGCUGAAAAGAAAACCAUAUCUUCACGGGGCUGCAUGACACAGCUAUUCUUCAUGCACUUCUUUGGUGGCACUGAGACGUUCCUGCUCACCACGAUGGCCUACGACCGCUACGUGGCCAUCUGCAAGCUGCUGCACUACACUAGCAUCAUGAACCGGCGGCUGUGUGCUGCUCUCCUGGGAGUAGCAUGGGCGGGAGGCUUCGCGCACUCCCUUGCCCAGAUCCUUCUCAUCUUCCGCUUGCCCUUCUGUGGCCCCAAUGUCAUCGACCAUUAUUUCUGUGACUUGCUUCCAGUGCUGAAGCUUGCCUGCUCAGACACCUUCCUCAUUGGUCUGCUGAUCGUUGCCAAUGGAGGGACACUAUCUGUGAUCAGCUUUGCGGUCCUCUUGGCGUCCUAUGUGGUCAUCUUGCUCCAUCUGAGGACCCGGAGCUCUGAGGGGCGGCGCAAAGCCCUGUCCACCUGUGGAUCCCACAUCACUGUGGUCGUGCUGUUCUUUGGUCCCUGUGUCUUCAUCUAUCUGCGGCCGUCUGCCACCCUGCCUGUAGACAAGAUGAUAGCUGUGUUCUACACAGUGGUGACCCCGCUCCUCAACCCCGUCAUCUACUCCCUGAGAAACGCUGACGUGAAGAAAGCUGUGAAGGUGCUUUGGGUCAGGACAAUGAAAAUAGACGAAAAAUAG